GCCAAGAACGUCUGGCGGCUGCGGGCCGCGCUUGGUAGCCUCCUGCGGCGGAAGUGGGUCACUGGCUACGCGCUGCGGGCCGUCUUUGGGCGCAUCACCUGGAUGGGCAUGCUGCGGCGCGAGGCCCUGACGACCCUGCACGCCUGCUACGCUUUCGUCGAGGUGUUCGAGGGCCGCCCUGGCCGCCUGUGGGACUCGGCGGCACGGGAGCUGAUCACGGUUCGCAACCUGUUGCCGAUCCUGCAGGCGGACCUGACCGCCGGCUGGUACAGCACUAUCGCCCGCAGCGAUGCCGCGCCAGAGGGGCGCGGUGUUGCGCGCCAGCAGUUGGAGGCCACGGUCGUCGCCAGCUGCGCCCGGUUUUCAGAGCGCUGGCGGUUCAAAGUCGCCGGGGCGCAGGCAGCUCGCGAGCGCUCCCUUGCUUGCGGAUCUGCGUCGGAAAAGAUGGCUGCCACCAAGAACGGAUAUCGUGCUGCUGACGCUGACCCUGAUGCCGCCGAGACCCCGCUCAAGCACGUGGAGCCCUUCCCGAACCAUAUUGUGGGGCCCCUCGCGGACCCCAUUCUGGACUCUGGCAGGGUGCUCGCCGAGGCGCCCGAGGAGGUCUCGGAGGACCCGGAGGGCUUCGCGGUGAGGUUCGAGGAGGUCCCAGCAGACAUCACCGACUCCCCAGCAUGGCGGCCCUCCGCGGCCGUCCAGGUCUCAGGCGGGGACAACAUCCUGUUCUUGGGAGGUGGGUCGCCUCAGAACGGAACGCAUCGGACCCAGUCAGCCGCGGGCGGUAUGGCUGGUUCAGCGGGCGGCGCGUGCUGCGCGGGCCCGCGGUGGGCGCUUCUGCUGGCCGUCGCGGCGGUCGCCACUGCGGGCCCCGUGGGCGCCGACGCGGCUCGGAAGUCACGCGUGCCAAGCGCGGGGGCCGCCGUGGCGCAGCGGCAGAAGCUGGCUCAGCAGGCGCGGAGCUCGCGGCCGCUGCUGGCGGGGCUGACGCUACUGGAGACGCUGGCCAUCCGCGCGAACACCGAGCGGAGCUACUUGCAGAUGCUGAACAACUUCGUGCAGUGGUGCCAGCAGCACCGCCAGGACUGGAGGACGUACGAGGAGCUCGACCUGGUGCUGUCGAGCUACUUCUCGGACCACUACUUGCUGGGGACGGCGUGCAACAUCGGGAGCCAGACGCUGGCGGCCAUCGCGCACGUCACGCCCUCGCUGCUCAAGCAGACGGUAUCCGUGCUCGCCCGGACCCGGCUGCCGCUGCCGCGCCCUGCAGUCUACGCGAUUGCGGGCUGGCUGAUCAGCCACGGGCAGCUUGGGAUGGCAUGCUGGGUGGUCCUGGCCUUCGCAGCCUACCUGCGGCCGGCCGAGGCGCAGGGCCUGACGCACGAGAGCCUAGUGCCGCCGGCCCCGGCAGCCGGCGCGGGGUACUCGCGCUGGGCCCUGCUGAUGCAUCCGCUGGAGCGCGGAGUGGCGGGGAAGACCGGGCACUACGACGACAGCGUGCUGAUCGACCAGGCCCCUCUGUGGCCGGUGCUGGCGGCGAUGCGGCUAGCGACGCCGCCCGGGGCCAGCCUGUGGAGCUUCUCGCUGGACGAGCUCACCGCGCAGUUCAGCAGUGCGUGCCAGGCUCUGAAGCUGUCGUCGCUGAGGCCCCACCUUUACAGCCUCCGCCAUGGGGGGGCCUCGGACGACCUCCUGACGGGUCGCCGCACCCCGCUCGAGGUGCAGCGUCGAGGCAGGUGGGCAGUGGCGUCGUCGAUGCGGCGCCACGGCAAGGAGGGCUCCCUGCUGGACGAGAUGGCGCGGGUGAACGCGGAUGUCUUCGCCUUCGGGGCCCUCGUCGAGGCGAACCUCUGCUCUCUCCUCGAGCACGGUUUCAGCAGGAUGAACCUGUGCGGCCAGGUGCCGGCGACCGUGCUGCCGACGCUGGGCCCAGUG